UAUAUAGGCUGCAAAUGCUGUGCGAUUCAUUUUAGCUCGAGACAGUGCAGUGAUAAAUUGUUGAUGCAGCAUUUAAAUUAUUUAUAACCAACUGACACAGUUCAGCUAAAAGACAUUCUCUAUUCGUUUGUUUACGAUUACUUACUACACACAAACACGAUAUGGAACUUUAUAGAUUGGUCUUUGGUUGUUUAACAUUAAUUGCAUUUUCUAAGGCUUUUGUGAAUUCCAAUGAAUGCAAUGACAACUUAGCAGCAACAGCAAAAAAAGUGAAAUCAUGUCCACAAAACCACAAGGAAUGGAUCAAAGCAGCUGCAAGGAAAGGCUGUGAAAAAAUGGCAAACUCUUGUUUAUCAUUUGAAUACCACUGCGUAAUUAAUGCAUGGGGAAAUGAAACAAUUGAAGUAUGUGCCCCCAAACUGCAAAUUGUUGGAAAUAAUUGUGCUGAAUAUAGCCAAGGCGGGAAAAGAAUUCAACGCAACGGAAUUGUACCAUGCAAAAACUGCCCGUCUCAUUACUUUUCAAAUGAAACUUUCAAAUAUCAAGAAUGUUAUGAGCACGUCAAAAAUGCAAAAACAGCACAUACAACACAACUGACAACCGAAUCGAUAUCAGUGGAAUCAACAGAAGAAAAUGUUUACCAAUCUACAUCAGUAACUCCCAUGGAGAAUUCAGCACGACUAGUUCAAAAUAUUGAUAACCAAAAUACAAUGAGCCAUAUCAUCAUCAUCUGUGUGUGUGUGGUCGUCGGUUUAGCUGGCAUUAUAAUUGUUUUCACAGUUAAACAACGAUCAUGGGCAAAUAAAAUUUGCUCUCAUUUUAAAAGCAUAUUUUUACAAAGUGAAGAAUCAAAAAAGACAAAACCAGACUCUGCUAUUAGAAAUGUCGAAGAAGGCCCCGGAGUACAAAAUUGUUUACUGGAAAAGGAAACGCAAAUACAGGACGUGUUUUAUAAACUGAAUGAAUCUUCAGGCAAUGCCAAUUCAAAUGCAGUUUCAAGCUGACACAUUUUCUUUUAUAUGCACUAUUUGUUCAUGUGUAUGUUCUGUUCUGUUAUGUAUGUAUUUAUUGUUUUUAUUCAUGUUUCUAUUGACUCUAAAUGGCAGCUAUU